GGACAGAGGGCGGGCAAGAUGGCGGCGCCCAUGGAGCUGUUCUGCUGGUCGGGGGGCUGGGGGCUGCCGUCAGUGGACCUGGACAGCCUGGCCGUGCUGACCUAUGCCAGAUUCACGGGUGCCCCACUCAAGGUGCACAAGAUCACCAACCCCUGGCAGAGCCCUUCAGGAACUCUGCCUGCCCUCCGGACCAGUCAUGGAGAAGUCAUCUCGGUACCACACAAGAUCAUCACCCACCUUCGGAAAGAGAAGUACAACGCUGAUUAUGACCUGUCGGCCCGGCAAGGGGCGGACACCUUGGCCUUCAUGUCUCUGCUGGAGGAGAAGCUGCUCCCGGUGCUGAUACACACUUUCUGGGUGGACACCAAGAACUACGUGGAGGUGACCCGGAAGUGGUACGCGGAGGCCACGCCCUUUCCCCUGAACUUCUUCCUCCCCGGCCGCAUGCAGCGCCAGUUCGUGGAGCGGCUGCAGCUGCUGUGCGGGGAGCACCGGCCCGAGAACGAGGAAGAGCUGGAGAAGGAGCUGUACCACGAGGCCCGGGAGUGCCUGACCCUGCUCUCGCAACGCCUGGGCUCCCAGAAGUUCUUCUUCGGAGACGCCCCUGCCUCCCUGGACGCCUUUGUCUUCGGCUACUUGGCACUGCUGCUCCAGGCCAAGCUGCCCAGUGGAAAGCUGCAGGCCCACCUGCGGGGGCUGCAGAACCUCUGUGCCUACUGCACCCACAUCCUCAGCCUCUACUUCCCCUGGGAUGGAGCUGAGGUGCCGCCCCCCCGCCCGACGACAGCGGGCCCAGACACUGAGGAGGAGCCGAACCGGCGUCGGAACCAGAUCCUGUCCGUGCUGGCGGGCCUGGCGGCCAUGGUGGGCUACGCCCUGCUCAGCGGCAUCGUCUCCAUCCAGCGGGCGACACCUGCUCGGGCCGCGAGCACGCGGUCCCUGAGCAUGGCCGAGGAGGAUGAGGAGGAAUGACCUGUCCUCACACCUGCCCCCAGACCCCGGGACUGACUUUUCUACUGUCGUACAUUCCAGAGGCCCCCGUCCUCGGCAGGGCUGGAAGUGGGGGUGCUGCUCCCACAAUAAACCACACUGACCGGAA